ACUGGGAAAAAUGAGAAGCAUAACAACGAACGGCGACUACUACAAGAAAAUCUUUCAACUCUUCUGUCGAAAAUGCAAAAAAACAGAAGUGGAUAGAGCCUGGGCAGAACAAGUCUUUCCUAGACUCAUCAUUGAUAAAAUGCAAUCGAAAAUUCUGAAUAAAUCUGCCAAUACAUUUUUCUCACUCGGUAUAGGUAGCGGAACGGGUGAAUUUGAAAGUUCGCUGCUCCGGCAAAUCUCGAUGCGUUACAAAUGCAUCCAUCAUACCGUUGUUGAACCAGCGAAAUCUUUCAUCCAGCGUUACCAAUCUCUUCUUUUAACGGAAGAUGGGAUCAAAGAUAUUCAAUUUGACUGGAAGGAGCAGACGAUGCAGACGUUUCAGAAAGAUCAUGAAGAACAGAAAGGGGGCAAACAGCCGAAUAAUUUUCAUUUCAUCAGCGCGGUGCAUUCAUUGUAUUACGCCAGUGACAUGGAAGACACCAUACGAUUCUUUCAUGGCUUGCUCGAUGACGGAGGCGUGUUGAUGAUAGCCGUCACAACUGACCAAUCCAGCAACACGAAAUUCAUCAAAAAUUUCCCGGUCAUUAUCGAACACAAUCCUCACAUCACAGUUGUGAACAGCUCCGACGUUGAACGAUCGUUAAAGACCCUUGGUCUCCCGUACGACGUCCAUGCGCAGUCAUCAUCGGCCGACAUCAGCUCCGUCUUCGACGAGUCAUCUGCCGAGGGCAAUCACAUACUCGACUUCCUGACGCAUACGAUCGACUUCCGGAGCACUGCACCUGCGCAGCUCUGUGAUGACGUCAUCUCUUAUUUGAAAUCACCGGAAUGUUGCCACCUUGCAGAUGACGGGACUGUUCAAUUUAUGAACCCAUGGAAAACAUUUGUUAUCCAGAACGCUAAAUGAUAACACAAAAAUAACAUGCCCUACUCAUGAUUUAUCAUAAACAAAAAUUACUGAUUUUUUUAAGCCACCGGGUUUCUUGCUUUCUGCCUAAUAUAGGCCUAAAUGACCUAUUGUGACCUUACCUGUAAAGAACGUCAAAUGUUAGACAUGAUAUCCCGACCUUUGACUCAAGUGGCAAACAGCUUCGAUGAUUUCUUUGAUUGUAAACUUUGCGACAUUUGGUCAUUAAUCAGAUGAUAUUGUACAAAAGUUGUUUAUUUCUUGCUUUAUUUCAUUUCUUACGUCUGUUUAGUUCGCCGGUCUAUGCAGGGGGUGGAAUGUCAUGCCCCCCCCCCGCCGAGCCCAUAGCUACCCUAUGAGGGCGGAUAAAAAUUUGCUGGCCCCCUGAAUUGUGAAAAUAAUAACUGUAUAUCUGAGCUUUGCGGCCAACUCGCUGCCCAUUUUCUUCAACAUCAGCUUCUGAUAAAAUUGUCGACUAGAAAGUGAUUGUGAUGACUUCACAUCCAAUGACGUGGGUUAGUCAUAUUAUGUAAUACUUUUGAACAUAUACGCUGGAUUACAUAACAUUUUCCAUUUUCCGGGCGUACAUGAAUGAGAAGGUUUCGGGGACUUUGCCAAAGUAUGUUGAUGUAUGUAUAUUUGUUAACACGCCUCCCACCCCCCAUGGAAAUUUGUUACCGUAAUCGCGUCUGUACGGAAGCGUUGUGGUUUAGUGGUUCUGAGUCUCGCCUUGUAAAUAAAGGGUUGUAUGUUCGAGUCCAACCGGGAGGCAUAGCGUCCUUAAUAUUCAUCACCUAAAUGGACGGUACCAUGUAGAAUGGUGUGUGUGUGUGUGUGUGGG